AUAAACAAUUGGAUGAAAAUAUUUUGUUAUAUAGCAAUUUUGGAUUAAAUAAAGAGAAAGUUAAUAUAAAUGAUCUUAAUAGCGAUUACAAUAUUCUUGAUAAUAAAAAUAUAAUUUCUGCUACUGUUACAGAAAAUCUUG